AGGCUGGCGUUUUUUUUCUGCUCAAGGUCGAGCGCCAGGUGGCCAGAGGCGCAGGCCCUCGAUGGCGGCUCCGUUUGCCCAGACGCACGUCAACGCCCUUGCCCUGACUGCUGCACCUGGGCCGUUCGAGUCCGCGUCCCAGGAGGACCUCUUCUUGGACCUCGCCCGCACGCUCCAGGCCUCCCCAAAGCGCUGCAGGCUCAACGAGCCGGUUGCUGGCGUUCCGGGUGGACUUGGUAGAUGCCGAUGGCCAGGGCAAGCACGGUGCACUUUGCCUCCUGGUCCGCCCCAGGAGCGCAGCUUCCUCCGAUGCCCGGAAUCAUGGUCGGCAUGGACCAGACAGACAGUUACAUGGGCGACGAGGCCCAGAGCACGCGCGGCGCGCGCCUUGACCUCGAAGUACCCCGUCGAGCACGGCAUCGCAAACAACUGGGACGAUCUGGGGGAGAUCUGGCACCAUGCCUUUAACAACGAGCUCCGCGCGACUCCGGAGGAGCACCCUCUGCUCCUCAUGGAGGCGUCCGUGGGCUCGAACGCGAAUCGCGAGCGCAUGACGCAGAUCAUGGUUGAGACGUUCAACGUGUCGGCGAUGUACGUCGCGAUCCAGGCAGUGUUCUCCCUGUACGCUUCAGUCCACACCACUGGGAUGGUCAUGGGUUCCGGCGAUGGCGCGUCACACAUGUCGCACACCGUGCUCAUCUAUGAGAGCUACGCGCUGCCGCAUGCGAUCUUGCGCCUGGAUCUGGCAGUGCGGGACCCUACGGAGCACUUGGUGGAAUUCCUUACAGAGCGUUGCUUUUUCUUCUUCUUCUUCACCAGCACGGCUUGGCAAAAUAUCGUGCGCGACGUCAAAGGAAAAACUCUGCUACAUCCGGAUCGACUUCGACUUAGAGAUGAAGGCCGCUGUUGAGAGCUCCGACAAGGAGAAGACGUACGAGCUCCCCGACGAAAACAUGACCAUGGGCAGCGAGCGCUUCCGCUGCCCAGAGGUGCUCUUCCAGCCUAAGUUCGUGGGCCAGGAAGACAGCGGCAUCCCCGACACCACGUUCCAGUCACUCAUGGGGGACGACAAGUCGGGCCCGACCAUUGUGCACAGGAAGCGUUUCUGAGGGAUUGCCCUCGGCAGAUUUUAAUAGCCAGGCGAGCUAGAAUCGUCCGACGUGUUGGGUGGAGGCUACGAUGUUCUACUAGAUGCGCAUGUGCGGACCGUACUUUCGGGUCGCAGACCCUCCUUCUUACAGUCGGCCAAAGGGAGGCCACCACGUGGACGGCUCCUGGAUGAAAGUGCCGCUGACAGCUUCUGCAGCACAGUCUUUGCAUAUGUCUUACCUAUACUCCUCCCUCUCCUCCCCCCCUCUCCCUCUGCCAGUCUGCAUGGCCUGCUUGCGUCCGAGAUGGGCUGCCGCCGUGCUGGCGCACGCAGAUGACCCGGCCGCGGCGCGCCUGCGGCGUCGCGGGGGGAAUUCGUGUCUGCCUCCCCCCUUUCCCUCCCUCCUCUCCCUUCCCUCC